AAAGUGUUCAAAGUAUGGGAUUAUUUCAAGCUAAAAGAAAACAACAACUCUGUAAUGUUACAGUCCGUCCACCGUAAAAAGAAAGUUAUGUCGCCUCUGCAACAGCACGACGGCACCUGAUCAGAAAGCACCCGGUGUUCUGCCAGCGGAUCACAGACAAGGAACAACACGAGGUACACAUGAGAUGCCAUCCGACCCUUCGUGGCCUCCCAGUGAACCUGCUAGCGGAUGACUGACGUCUUCAAAACCUGCAAUCUUGACCAUGCCCACUGGAGCAGGAUCAUGACUUUACUCAACAAGUCAAACGAGACCUCCCAUCCCCCCUUCCCCUUCUCCUCCCUUGACCAGAAUUCUUCCAUCUUUGUCACCCAUGAUCCUUCAUACUCCCCUAUACCCUUCCCCACCUCCUCGCUGACAUCCUCCAACUGCACCAGCUCGUCCUCAACCCCUUCUCCUCCAUACAACUUCUACGCGGUGCUGCUGGUGCUCCUGAUCUUCUGUGUGGUGUUUGGUAACGUGCUGGUGUGUGUGGCAGUGUCGCGAGAGCGAGCUCUGCAGACAACAACCAACUACCUUAUUGUCUCGCUGGCUGUGUCCGAUCUGCUACUGGCCACGCUUGUCAUGCCCUGGGGCGUCUACCUGGAGGUGGUGGGAGAGUGGCGCUUCAGUCUCAUCCACUGUGACAUCCUGCUCACCCUGGAUGUCAUGAUGUGCACCGCCAGUAUCCUCAACCUCUGUGCCAUCAGCAUCGACAGAUACACAGCAGUGGCCAUGCCGAUGCUCUACAACACCAGAUAUAGUUCCAGGAGGAGGGUGGCAGUGAUGAUUGCUGUGGUGUGGUUCCUCUCUUUUGCCAUCUCCUGCCCUUUACUGUUUGGACUGAACAACACUGCCAGCCGGGAAGGCACCACAUGCAGCUUUGCUGACCCAGCGUUCGUCGUCUAUUCAUCUGUGGCCUCCUUCUAUGUUCCCUUCAUCGUAACUUUACUGGUGUACGCGCAGAUCUGCAUAGUGCUGCGCAAACGUGGCAGACGCACAGCCCCACCUCGCAGACACGGUCUGCACACACUAGGAGGAGCUGAGGCAGGAGAAGGUCAUCGACACAGGAAGAAUAAGUGUACACAACCAGAGGAUGUGAAGUUGUGCACCCUGAUCUUGAGGCCCACCACUGCUGGCCCACAGCGCAAGAAAGUGACCCUCGUAAAGGAGGCGGUGGUUCACCCACUUGAAGUGGAGACAGGUCAGUUCUUGCCGCAGACUGAGCACAGCCUGGCUCCUCCUCCUGUUGUCCAAGCAUCCUCCCACUCGGAACGGGCCAGGAUCUCCCUGGCCGUCUCAGUUGGACCUGCCCCCGGUUCUUCCCUCAACCGUGGCACGAUCGGCCCUGAUGCCCCGCCCCCCCCACCCGAGGACGGAAUGAGGGGCCGCGAGGGAUGGAGGGAGCGCAGUGGAGGCAGAGAGAAGUGGGGGAUCGUGAAAGAUAGAGUGAGAGGGAGGCUGUCACAGCAGAAGGAGCGGAAGGCGACACAGAUGCUCGCUAUUGUGCUUGGUGUGUUCAUCAUCUGCUGGCUGCCUUUCUUCCUGACCCACGUGCUGAAGGCCCACUGCAGGAGCUGCUGCAUCUCGCCCUCACUGUACAGCGCCGUCACCUGGCUGGGAUACCUCAACAGUGCUGUCAACCCUGUCAUCUACACCACUUUCAACAUCGAGUUUCGCAAAGCCUUCAUCAAGAUCCUGCACUGCUAGGAGCUGGAGAGAUGAGAAGCGUCAGGAGUAAAAAGCCUCUGCUCAUAGAAGACUAUAGAAGGACAGAAAACCCGGCAUACGGAAUGUGAUUUGACAAUCACAAAAGAAAGUGUGUGACAAGUAAAAGAUGAACACCUGCAUUGUGUACAUACGGUCUGAAAAGGGAAUAUUUGAUGGCUGUCCAACUGAAACACAUGUGAGACUCCUUGAGAUGCGACUGUUUUUUCUAAUGCUUGAUUUGUGUCAAACUUUCGCUGUUAUGUAUUCUCUUGCUAUCUUGAUGAACAGCAACGUGUUAUCUGUCCGCAUGCGUGUCUUUCUCAGAUGACUGGAAGACUCAAAGGCAAGGCAAAGAAAAAAAAAAACUUCCAGCACAAAUCUUUUUUUGUUUCCAAGGCUCAAUCAUUUUUCACACUUUUUGAAAACCCACUGAAGUUACAUCAAGGUAGAAUUAUUAAUUUGGUGAUUGAGCUCAAACAUAAAAUCUGACAGUGAAGAGGGCUUUCAUAUAAUUUAAUUUGUACAUCUGUUUCUUUACAUAAGUGUGCAGACAUGUAAAAUUUGGUGUUGUAAAUAACAAUUUUACUGCCAGUAUUGUACAGACCACUGAUAAUAAUUAAAAUAUUCUAUCAUUUCUUA